GGGUUACCUUCCGGUAACGCCUAGUCUUUGUCCGCCGCCAGCUGCCGAGGAGGUCUAGGCCGUCGUCGGUGGCUGUGUUUGGAGUCCGGGUUUUCUAUCAAGCUCUUCGGGGUUUCACUUUGGUUGGAGUUUUGUUUCGGUCGAGGAGGUCAGCGGCGGAAGGAGGAGCGUUGGAGAUUCGGCGUGGUCUGUCAAAGGCGCUGUCCACGAAAGCUUCGUUUUGUUAUUUCUGCUUUGCGGUUUGCCUUUUAUUUUGUGUUCCUGUUUGUAAGACGUUGAUUUUGGAUGUGGGGGAUGAGAGGAAUAUGGUGACCGUUUAUGGCUUAAAGUUUCUCAUUUUUGGAUCAGCUAAUUAUAUUGCUUCAUUGGAGGUGAUUAAUUCCGAGUCUGGUUCCCGAGAUAGCGGUUGUCAGGUUUCUUUUUGUCUUUUGACCCAUACUUUGAAUUAUCUGUUAUCAAUAUAAAGCCGAAUUCUUCCAAAAAAAAGUAGUUAGUCACUCUUUAAUUGUUGGUACAUUUUAUUUUAUAGUAGUUGCAAUUAAGUGAUUUAAAUAUUUAAAUAGUUCUUCAAAUUUUAUUUUUUGUUAAAUUGUAAUUGUUGUUAAAUUUUAAUAGUUCUAUACUUUAUUUAAUACUACUUGCAUUGAAGUAGUUAGUCACAUUUUUAAUUCUUGUUAAAUUUAAAUAUUUGAAAUUUGUAAUUUGUAAUUUGUAAUCUUGACAUUGUAAUUUGUAAUUUGUAUUUUUUGUAACAUUUUUAAGACAAUGGACCGAGCUAGGAAAUCCGUUGAUAUAUGUAAUCUCCAACGCAAUCGAUCAAAGGAGAUUGCGGGAGGUGAUCCUUCGGGGCGGUCGAAAGGUAAACAACAAGUAGGGACAACAUCUUCGUCCCAAUCACACAAUGAUUGGAUGACCGACUAUGAUCGUAUAGAUGCGAUGACCGAUGAGCAACUUCACGAGCUCUUGAACCAAAACCAAGGCCGAUUUUACCAUCAACAAAAUAUCCCCACCAUUGAAGAGGAGUUGGAGGACGAUGACACUGAGGAGGAUGUUGAAGGCGGCGGCAGGAAUGUGGGGGAUGGCGAGGAGGAGCAUGAAGAGGAGGAUCAUGGAGGAAUCACGGGUGGAUCUGAAGCGGUCAACACACGUAAGUCUAAACUAAAAUAUCCUCUUUUUGCUCAAGAUCAUUUUAAGAAGACAAAGGAUCUGAAGGACAGGAAGUAUUACGCACAUUGUCAACAUUGUUCGCAAAUAUUGUGCAUGGGUACUUCGGGGGGAUACGGCACGGUGCAAAGGCACUUAAACUCGAGGCACCCCACGGAGGCGGCGAAACUGAAGGGCAAGGGGUCGCAAACACAAAUAUUGAGGUUUGCAAAUGAUCAACCCUUCGGUAAUUUCUCUUACAAUGAUGAGGUACAUUUAAAAGCUUAGUCUUAGUUAAUUGUUGAAGAAAUUUUGCCUUAUAUUUUUUCUGAAAGUCUUGUUUUACGUGCAUAUGCUCAAGAUUCUUUAAACCCACAAUUUCGAAACUAGAGCCGCAAAACAAUUAAAAAACAAGUUAUUAAACAAUAUCUUUUGGAAAAGGAAAAAUUAAUUCAAUUUGUUGCAAUCUUUAAUGUGCGUGUCACUGUUUGUAGUGAUAUAUGAGAAGAGACUUAUCACCACUUGUAUUAUUUGGAUGUUACUGCAUAUUGGAUUGAUGAUGAUUGGCAAAUGCAUAAACAUGUUAUCGCAUUUCGAGAUUUUAAUGAAAGACACAUCAGUGAUAAUAUCUAUAUUCUCAUGGAACGCAUUUUAAUUAAAUAUUGUUUGAUCGAUAAGGUGUUUGCUAUUGGCUUUGAUAAUGCAACUAAUAAUACUGUUGUUAUACCUAUAUUGCGUGAAUUAUGUGGUCCGUCUACCCUGAUGGAUAGAUUUUUUCAUCAGUGUUGUGCAUGUCAUAUUAUUAAUUUAUGUUUGAAAGACGGCUCAGCCGCAUUAGGAAAUGUGAUGGAGAAAGUUAAGGGGGCUAUUAGAUUAAUUUGGGGUAGAAAUCCACUGAAAAUGCAAUGAUGUGCUUAAUUGAAGUCGAAAGGUGUAAGGUAUUGUGCUUUUCCUAAAGAUCUUUCUAUUUGUUGGAACACUACUUAUAAUUUAAUUGUUGUGCUUCUUAGAUUCAAAGAUCAUUUCCCACUUUCAUGGAAGAAGCUUGUAAUUAUAUUAUAGAAUCAGUUGAGAUCGAUACAAUGGAAAAGAUUUGCAACGUUUUAGGUUAUUCUAACAACGCUACUCAAACUUUUUCCCAUGUGUAUAAACCAACUAGCAACCAAUUUUUUAUAGAAGUUGUUAAUUUCGCCGAUGUUUUUCAAGAAUUUUCUUAAGCUACUUAUGUAAAUUAUUUUUGUGAUUACAUACCGAAAGAAAAGUUUUUAAAAUAUUAUGCCUUCAUUCCGCCUAUUUAUUCAAUUGCCUUCUGUCUUGAUCCUCGUUUCAAACUUUUAAAUUAUAAAACAUUUUUAGAAUACUAUUAUACUGCUUUCUACGGUCCAUUCCCUAUGUACGAAGACACUCCUAUAGAUCCUCAAGUCCAAUUCAACUAGGUUAGUAAUCUAUUUCACGCUUUAUUUAAUGAGUUUCAUGCACAAUAUGGUAAUGCACCCCCUCCCCCAUUACCGAGUGCUUCCUCAUCUAAAGGAAGAGGUUUUUUUAAAUCAACAAUAUCUACUCUUUUGAUAAAAAUUAAAUCAACUCCUGCCAUUGCACAAAGCUCGAUUAACGAGCUCUCUUUAUAUCUAACGUUUCCUGUUGAGUUUAAUGAAGCGGAGGACUUUGAUAUUCUUCAAUGGUGGAAGACCCACGAAGGGAUGUUUCCAGUUUUAUAAAAAAUGGCCAAACAAGUGUUGUCGAUGCUGGUUUCAACUGUUGUCGUGGAACAAGAGUUUAGCGAAGCCGGUAACGUUUUAACUGACUAUAGAAUGAGGUUGAGCACUUCAUCUCUCGAGACACUCAUUUGCUUCCAUGAUUGGUUGAAGGCCCGCCAUAGAACACAAUAAGUAAACAUAGCACCAGACCGCCAUUUCAUGGAGGAAACGACAACAGACGUCGGAAGUGGCUCCGACGAUUAGUUCAAGUAUUGUAAUUUUCAACUUUAGAGUAUUCUCAAUUGUAAUUUUCAAAUUUGAUAUUGAUACAAG